AUGGCAUCGUCCCAAAUACGUCAGUUUGCCACCCUCAUAGAUCAGCUGCCCUGUGAAGCUGAUGAGUACAACCUCAUGGAAAAUUUCGAGGAUUACAAUAAAUGUUUUGAAAGCUCUACCCAUAGUAAUAAGGGGAAAAAGACUGAUUCGUUUUCCCCCUUUAACUCAAACUUAAGCGAUUAUAUAAAAAAUAUAUCGAACAGUCAGGUGAACCCUAACGGGAGCAACACAAGUAAUAGGAUGAAAAACUCCAUUUCGUUAAACUAUGAUGAUAGUUCGAAUGUAGAAAAUAAUACCAAUACGCAAAAUAAAAACAGUGAAGAGGAAAAUCUGAUCAGGUGCCACGGGAAUAAUAUCAACAAAAGCGAUUCCAAUUCAUUCGCAAACAAUGACCCCGUAGCAUAUUUCGAUAAAGACAAUAUGCUUUACGAACAUGAUGUAAAUAUAAAUGCCAUGAACAGCUACGAUGAAAGCAACGCUCUAUUUAUCUAUGAUAACGAUUUGACCAAAGAUGCGCACAGCAAUUACAUUGAGACUCUCAAUAGCGAAAUGGACAAAAGGGGCUGCGAACACGAGGAAAGCAGCGGGAUACCGGUGUGCAAGAAAAACAUGAUUGAAAUUAUUCACUGUAACAACGAAUGUCUGGCGGACGCCAAGUUCGCCAGCGACAGGAGUGCCGCUAGCCACAAUGGCAGCAGCGGAGGCGGCAAUAACAGCCGGGGUAAUACCGAUCUGCGCAAAAAGAAUGGAGACGUGUCGCUGUACAAUUUUAGCGCCCCCUUUAACGACAAAGCGUGCAAGGAGAAUGGCGAAAACAUCGUUUACAGGUACAGCCCGAACACGUUUCCCUCGAAUAAUGAUAGUUAUGGAAUGAAAAAGAAGGUUGCCAACUUUAGAAAAGGUGCCGUUCCCAACAAGGAUGAGGAGCACGAUGUAGAUCAGGCAUUGCACAACUGCAUAGACCUUGCCCUUUCAGGAGAGAGAAAAAAGGAAAGUCCUCAUGCUAGAGCCCCCUUGAUCGAAGAAAAAGGAGAAAAUCACGAAAUGAAUGAUGAAGGAAUGCAGGAAGGUACAAGUAUUAACAACCCGCAGAGGUGUGACCAGAAGAGUAACAAACGGAAGGGGAAUAAAAAUGUCAAUGUAAAGAACACCAUUGGUGAAAACUCAACGGUAAUUGAAUAUAAGGACUUUUGUGAAAUGGUAAAAAAAUGUGACGAAGUUAAUAAAAAUAUUUUAUUCUCCAAAAAGGCAAAGGUAAUCAAAUUGGAUGCGAACAAAUCAUUGAUUAUUUUUCCUGUGAAUAUUCAUGACUAUGGAGACAAGUACAUUGCAGUGAACCAGAAGGAUCUCCUCGAGUACAUAUCAUCAUCAAUAGAAAUUGAAAACGAAGACAUAUCCUCGCUAAAGAUAAAAAAUUAUCAAAAGGAAAAGGAGCUUCAAAAUAUGAAAGCAGCUUACAGUAUGCAGACAACCAACAUUCACUACUUAAUCAACAGGGUUAUAUUCAAAGAGUGUGAGUAUGAAAAUUUAAAAAACAAAAGUUUGACACUAGAGCAGGAGAUAAAUAAACUAAUCCAGGAAAUUAAUUCUUUAAUCAGUCAGAACAAGGAAGGGCUGUACAUGCAAAAGGCAUUUAUUGAUUAUAAGUGCAAAUGUGUGUUGAAGUUACAAGAGCUACAACCUUUUCUAGGGGAAUACUAUUACGACAUUUUUAAUUACAUCACGUCAUGUAGAACGUUAGGACAACUAAGCAUCUGGAUUCCUGUUUUUGAAAUGAAAACAGAAUCUCUGGAAAGUAUUGCAAAUAAUUUAAUUAAAGUUAUGUUAAACGGAUUAGGUGCUCCUUUCAAUUCAUCACCUCAAUAUUUUCUGUCAAACAAAAAAUUAUUGAAAAAGUCCAUAUCUAUAGAAUCCGAAGAAGAUAGCUUUAUUAACAACAUAGCUAAAAGAAAAAUCAUAGAUAAUUAUUUAGUGAACCAUUUGAAUAGCUUCAACACAACAAAGGAAAAUAAUUCUCACUUUUCAAAUUGUCAUUCUUUAUGUUUAAACAGUGAGGAAUCGUCGUCCUUUCUAGGGACAGAAGAAUUGUUCCUCAAUUCGUCCAAGUUUCCCUCCAUGCAUUCAGUGGUACAAAAAAAUGGAGUCGAUAAUAACAACAAUCGUAAUAAUAGUAGUAGCAAUAUUAAUGGAUGGAGGAAAGCAAACAGAAGAGAAUAUUUUCUGAACAAACUGAACAGAUCCAAUACUACACCAGAACAUUUCUGUGUUAAUAACGAGUCCUACCCCAAUAGUGAUGCUCAUAGUACCAGAAAUGGGCGUGACUUCCCCACCAGUCAUAUGCAGAACAAUCACCAUAAAAUAGACGCUGCUUUGACGUUAGAGGAAAGGCAACCUGUUAAGCGCAAGCAGGGGGGGAACAACUAUGAAGAAAAGGACAUGAAGAAGAUCAGAUUUACUGGUAAGGAAUGCAGUAUAAAUGACUUGUCUCACGACAUGCUUGAUGGAGACAAGGGUGAACGUAAUGAGGUGGGGUUGCUCAGCAAGGGGGAAGAGCCUUCCUUCUUAGACAAAGCAUGUGGGGAAAGCAAACCCCACAGGGGUUACAAAACUGGGACUAAUGUAUACACCGAAGUGAGAGACAACCUGUCCGAAGACACAUGCAGAAACGAUUGGUGCCAGAAGAUACAUGAAAACGAAUAUGAUUCGCAAAAUGAAGGAAAUGACGAUGAAGAUGUGGUCGAUGUUUAUAACAGUAUGAUCGAAAGUAAGUCGGCACUCACAUGUUGGCAGACGAGUCAAAAAGAGGGGAGCGAAAAUGAGGAGUUCGACGAUCUAAUUGAGGUGGUCAACGUAGACAAAAUGGGGGAUGGCACCCUUCCUCCAAAUAUGGACGACGAAAGGGAGAGUGCAGCUAGCAGCGUCGUAGAGGUAGAAUCCGACGGGAGAGAAGUGCUCAAGGGGCGCAGUGUUAGCGGGACGAAGCACCAAAUGUAUAUAAACAUAGACACGGACAUGGAGGCGGAGGUGGAAGCAAAGGUAGAUGUGGACAUGGAUGCCGAAAUGGAAGGUGACCUCAAUGCAGGGGCGGACGCGCUCUUGAAUCGCCAACCAGUUCAACAUAGUAGCGCGAAACAUUCAACCCAGGAGAGACGAAAGGAUGAUGCAGAAUUAGAAAUACCCAACAAGAGCGAAGGAGAACACGAAUUUAUGAACCACAAUGGCACUGCCGAAGAAAGGGGAAGUCAGGUUAAAUGCACACCGAAGAAUCAGAAAAGAGCAGGUGAAGCUAACAAGCAAAAGCGAUUCAAGAAGCUGGAUAGUGCUGUGGAGGGAAGGGGCCAAGACACCAAAAAAAACAGAAUAAAGAGCAAAGGGAGAGGAGAGGCGUGUCAUAAUUAA